GGGUCACGUCCCGGCGCGGGGCCGGGCGGGCGAUGCGGGCGGCGCGCCCCGCGCCCCGAGCUCCGCGCCAUGCGGCUCUCCUGCAAGGUGGCGGCGGCGCUGCUGUGCCUGGGCAGCCUGCUGCUGCUCUACCUGCUGGCGGGCAGCGCCGCCGCGCCCCCGCGACCGCCGCCCGCCAACACCGCCCGCCCGCCGCCGCCGCGCCUCGGCCGCAGCCCCCCGCGCAGGAGCGCGAUCGCCGCCGCCAGGAAAACUGGAGAACAGAAACGUUCAAAAGAGCCUUCAUCUUCGCAAUGCAUGCAUCUGGCAGUCGUGGCAUGUGGGGACCGGCUUGAAGAGACACUAAUCAUGCUGAAAUCAGCAAUUCUCUUUAGCAACAGGAGGCUCUGUUUUCACAUUUUUGCUGAGGAUUCCCUUAAGCCUGAAUUUGAGAAGAAGUUAAAGGAAUGGCCUUCCUCAUACACAAAGAAGUUUGAAUACAACAUUUACCCAAUAACCUUCUCAGUAGGAAAUGCUCAGGAAUGGAAAAAGUUAUUCAAACCAUGUGCUGCCCAGCGCCUUUUUCUUCCGGUCAUUUUAAAGGAUGUGGAUUCUCUCCUUUAUGUGGACACUGAUGUUCUCUUCUUGAGACCCAUCGAUGACAUCUGGCACAUCCUCAAAGAAUUCAACUCUACACAGCUAGCUGCGAUGGCCCCAGAACACGAGAUACCAAAGAUUGGCUGGUAUAGCCGAUUUGCACGUCAUCCUUAUUAUGGGACAACUGGAGUAAAUUCUGGAGUGAUGCUAAUGAAUUUAACACGGAUACGCAACACUCAGUUCAAGAACAGCAUGAUACCGAGUGGUUUGACUUGGGAGGAAAUGUUGUAUCCGUUAUACCAAAAGUACAAAAAUUACAUUACAUGGGGAGACCAGGAUUUGCUAAAUAUCAUUUUUUACUUUAACCCAGAGUGUCUCUAUGUGUUUCCGUGUCAGUGGAACUACCGGCCUGACCACUGUAUGUAUGGAAGCAACUGUAAAGGUGCAGAAGAAGAAGGUGUCUCUAUUCUGCAUGGAAAUAGAGGUGUCUACCAUGAUGACAAACAGCCCACGUUCAAGGCACUCUAUGAAGUCAUACGUGAUUUUCCAUUUGAAGACAAUCUCUUCCAGUCUCUGUACUACCCUCUGCAGUCUAAGUUUCUGGACACAGUGCACACCUUAUGUGGGAGAAUUCCGCAAGUAUUUUUGAAGCAAAUUGAGAAAACUAUGAAGAAGGUGUAUGAAAAUCGUGUCAUUGUCUACUUGGGGGCCAACCACAGAUACUGAACGUAUCUAUAUUUUUACAGUUUUUCAUUCUUGCACCCCCAUCUCAUGAAGCACAUAAAUGAAGAGAAUUACCUCUUUUACUCAAACUCAGACUUAAAAUAUUUUCCUUAUCCAGUUUCCUAAUAACUCCGGAAGUUUUAAAGCCUGAAGAAAUCCUAGAACUCUACCUAAACUGUCCUUUCUUAGGCCUUUUGUUAUCUUCUACAUUUCUGUUGGUUGCAAGAGGGAAAGUUGAUGAUUCUCACUUUUAUUUCAUGAGUUUAAUUUUGUUAUUUGUUUAAGAGCAGCUGUAUUUGCUGUAAUUUUUUUGAAGUUGUGCAAAAGCUUAUAUUGAUCUUGGGCUUAACAAAGAAGUUAUGGUAUGAGCUAUGUAGCAUAUAGGGAAUACGACUCUCGAAAUGGUACAGCAAAUAUUCUUGACUGUAAUGAGAAUGCUCACUUACAGAAACGAUCGCUCAUGUGACAGGAUAAGUUAAAAUUUACUAUAGUAAAGGGGAAUUAUUUGCUUUAAGUCGCACUUCUGUCUGAAGGUAUAUUACCUGCUGUUCAUCAUGUGUAGGACCUAAGAUUUCCCUUACUUAAAAAGGUUAUGGGGAUAGAAGUGCCUAUUAGUACUUUAUAGCUCUUUUUCUCUAGUGGUUGUGAACUUUUCUUCUCUGUUCUUCAGUAGUCACGUUAGGGCUUCUCCUGAAGGAAUUAGAAGGAAAAUAAUUACAACAUAAAUAGGGAAAUGGUGUACAAGAAAUGGGAGGGGGAUGCAGUGGAAGCUGUGGCACCUGCACAGCUAAUGGGGAACAGAAGAAAGGGAAUCCUUUCUUGCAUGGAGUACAGUCAUGGUCUUCCCCUCCAGUCUCUUACAGUUUUAAGAAUGUAUUUGCUAACUUGGUAACACUAACUACAUUAGAUGCAGUCCACAAAUAUUGUGAAUGAAGAAUACAAAAUCAGGUAUUAUUGAUCUGUUUUCCUCUUUAAUUAAUCCUCUUUAGUUGCUGUUUACUGCACAGUAACAGUGGUUUGCCACCGAGAACUGUCCUUCCAUCCCCAUGUUGGGAAACUGAAAAUGCUGCUUCUGACCCACCCUCUUCUGCUUUGCCAGGAACGUGGGGCGCAGAGAUGUAUUUCUGCCUGGCAGUUUCAUUCCUGGAAGUAGAAAGGUUUUAUGCUGCAAUCAUUAUGAAUAGCCUCAAAGUGAAAGAGGAUACAAGAUGGCUUUGAUGUUUAUUCAUAAUACUUUAGUUUAGAUUUUGAAAGUACGAUGUUCGUCUUAGGAUAAGCACAGGCAGGAGCUUCUUAAAACCCUGGAGUAGCUGAAGGGUGCUUGGGACAAGCCACAGGGGAACUGAAACUGAGGACACUCUUCAAAGCAGUGAUACAAGAGCAGACUUCCAGAGGGCAUUUUCUGGGUGUAAGCCGUGAGGCGGGGGUGUUGGUCAGUGCUUGAUGAAAAGAGCAGAGCUCUUACUUUUAAAGUCUGUUCAGAAAAAUACGAGCCAUUACGUGGAACUGCUGACUGCUUUAUCUUGUAGGCAAAGCAGGAAAAUGGUGAGGAAGGUUAAGUAUGUUUCUCUAAUGAAAGGAAAACUGACACAGAUUACCUAUCUUGUACAUGUAGCACGCAUUUAUUAGAGAUCAAUAUUUGGGGGCUGUAGAGGGAGGAAAGGAUACGUUUCCUAAGUUAAAACAUAGGAUUUAUGAAGAACUGUAGUUUUGGGGGUUUCUCUGUAUCCAGUCAGGGCUGAUGCACAGUUUCAUAAGAAAACAAUCUCCAAGAGAAAGUCCUUUUAGCUUGCACGUUCCUCUCUCCUUGUGUGGCAGCGCAUGAGAGGAGGGAAAACACAGGCCUUGCUGGCUUCUCAGGCUGCCAGAUAAACAGCCUGUACGCCGAGUGAAGUGCUGGCAAACUUUUUCCGAACACUGGAGUGUGAAAAUGUCUGUGACACAUCCUUAAGUAUGCUGGGUGAAUGACAGCCUGGCAAACACUGUCACUACAGAGUCCUCCGAGUGAGGAGGCGUUAAGACAAAGGCUUGGAAUAGGGGGCAUACGGUCUUGGUCCUGGCAGUUCCCCUGCUGGUCUGUGCUAGCCUUCACAGGCUUUACUGUCUCUCACAACUUGCCUUAGCAUUUUCUACUUUGAUUGAAGUUUCAGUUGCCACUUAAAAAGAACGGUAUUUCUUUUCUAGCUAAAGAGGAGAGGUUGAAAAUGUAACCUUAAUGAACCUUGAAGGCAUCGGAACCAGAAGGCAGUGAAAGGAAAAAAACUUGAAGGUUUUAAACCUUCAAGGUUUUAAACAUUCAAGGUUUUAAAACUUUAAGGUAAUAUAAGCCUAACAUACAACAUGUAAACCUUUUAGGCUAGCAAUAUGGAGAACUUGUAAAAAAUACUGGCUUGUUUUUUGAUCUUUAUUUUCAAGUAUCGGGGUAAAGCUGUAGGUUGAAUGGAGACAGAUGAGACACAUCCUGGGCACUCUGAAUUCCUCAGUUCUAUGGUGUCUACAAGCCACAGAAAGUUGCAGAGCAGAAGUCUUGUUUCCCAGACGGUUGCAACUCUGGUGCUAAGCCUCUGAAGUUUAGGAGGCUGUGAUUGUGUAAGCUAUGAUUCAGCAGAACCCUGCAACUAUGGGCACAUGAAAAUGAAAGAAUGGAAUUCAUUACGAAACAAAGGCAUUAUUGCAUAUGAAAUGCUUAGAGAUUAAAACAGUGCUUUUUAUGUUUACAGGAGGUGCUACCUUAUGUUUAGAAAGAACUGUGUUGUAUUCUCAACAGCUAUUAAAAUAUAUGAAGUAUAUGCUUUAACAUGAAGACUUUUGUUAAUGUAAUGCCAACUUGCAGGAAGCAUGGGGGAGGUUCCCCCUGCUGUGCUUUUUCUGAGGAAAAAAAGCUAUAAUUUGAGCUCUCCAAAGUGUUUUAAAACAAUUAUGUAACUUUGAUCUUUUUGUUGUUAGAACUAUUAAUUUAUAUUUUAUUACAGCUUCAAAAACCAUGUUAUAUUUUGUUUUAACAGUAGUUGAUUAUAAUAUUAAUCUUACUUAGAAACCAGUUUUUAUUCAUUUUGUAUUUCAUACCUGUGGCUAAUUCCUUGUUAAUUAGCCUUCAUUUAUUUUAAUAAUGGGAUGUGUAAAUACUUAUAUAGACUUUAUAUCCUCAUUUCCCCUUCCUCUCAUGUAUUUUAGUUAUUUCCAAUGGUAUAACGUAACCAAAACACCUUUGCUAAUGUUAACACCUUGAGCAGUUCAUCGUAACAUAGGGCGGAAAUGAAAAUAGUUUUCUUUAAAUGAAUAGAAACUCCAGCACAUGGAAUGUAUUGAUAAUAAAGGAAAACAAUCACCUUUCAUGCUGAGAAAUGGUGGGGUACAGCCCAGAGAACUGUUCUGCAGGGUUACCUGAACAUAAGCCCUAACCCAGCAAGUGUUUGGUACUCUGAAUUUUGCCUGUGUAGUCAGUAGGCUUAUAUGCAAUGCAUAAAGUUAAGCACAUAACCAAGUCCUUGCUGUAUCAGCGUCAAAUAUUCAGGUUUUAAACUUGCUAUAUUAUACUUGAACUUGCCGAAGAUAGAUAAAUAGGAGCUUUAUGUUCAGAGCUGCUGAGCACCUCCUUUUAGCUGAAAGCCAUUGCAUUGUACAACAAAAAACUGCCAGAGUGGGAAGCGUUUGCUUGCAUCAUUUAUAUAAUGUGAGAGGUUUUCUAGGCUGUUUGCCUGCAUGGUACAAAGCGGCCUUAGAUAGCUCCGCUAUCAUUUCGCUUAGAGGUGGAAACUGGAAACUGCUCUGUGUGUUUGUGUGUGCGUACACAACAAGAGCAUAUGUGUAAAGAAUUCUGUACCUUUUCUGUAUCAUUUAAUUGCUCGUGUAUUUUUGACAAGUGCACCAAUUCUUUAUAGCUCCCAAGGAGGCCUAGCAGUGCAUUUCUGUGUUGAUUAAGAUCCUUUGGCUUACAGUACAAAUAAAUGAAGUUUUAAGCAA